AUGAUCCCUAUCACUGAACUGCGGUACUUUGUGGACACACAGCCAGCCUACCGCAUCCUGAAACCAUGGUGGGACGUGUUCACAGACUACAUCUCCAUCGUUAUGCUUAUGAUCUCGGUGUUCGGGGGGACUCUGCAGGUCACCCAAGACAAGAUGAUCUGUCUGCCCUGCAAGUGGGUGGUCGAUCAGACCUGCAAGAAGAACUUAAAUUUGACAUUCACAUCACCUUUUUCUUUGGAACCCAAAGGAAUCCAGUAUGAUUUGGACCGCCACCAGUAUAACUAUGUAGAUGCUGUGUGCUACGAGACUAGAUUGCACUGGUUUGCCAAGUAUUUCCCCUACCUGGUGUUACUCCAUACCCUUAUUUUCCUAGCCUGUAGCAACUUUUGGUUCAAGUUUCCCCGCACUAGUUCCAAACUAGAGCACUUUGUUUCCAUUUUACUGAAGUGCUUCGACUCGCCUUGGACCACUAGGGCUCUUUCAGAGACGGUGGUUGAAGAAAGUGAUCCGAAACCAAUGAAAAUGAAUGGUUCUUUGGAGCACAAGGAAUCGGUUAUUAGCGAAGAUGUGGAAGCCAGUGUUCCAAUGCUCCAGAGGACAAAGACGCGCCUCGAGCAGGGCAUUGUCGAUCGAACGGAGACCGGAGUUUUAGAUAAGAAGGAAGGUGAGCAGGCUAAAGCACUCUUUGAAAAAGUCAAGAAGUUCCGAAUACACGUGGAAGAGGGAGACAUUGUAUACAGACUGUACAUCCGGCAGACAAUUAUCAAAGUCAUCAAAUUUAUCUUGAUAAUCUGCUACACAGGGUAUUAUGUGAACGAUAUUAAGUUUAGCGUUGACUGCAGCGUCGAUAUUGAGAGUCUGACCGGUUACAGCGUGUACCGCUGUGCUCAUCCGUUGGCUACACUUUUCAAAAUCUUGGCCUGUUUUUACAUUAGCUUAGUGGUGGUGUAUGGCUUCAUCUGCAUGUAUACACUGUGCUGGAUGCUGCGACGCUCUCUCAAGAAGUAUUCCUUCGAAUCGAUACGAGAAGAGAGCAGUUACAGUGACAUACCCGAUGUCAAGAAUGACUUUGCAUUCAUGUUGCACAUGAUAGAUCAGUAUGAUCCGCUGUACUCCAAGCGCUUCGCCGUGUUCCUGUCGGAAGUAAGCGAAAACAAACUGAGGCAGCUCAACCUCAACAAUGAAUGGACACUGGACAAGCUCAGGCAGAGGAUAACGAAGAACUCACAAGAGAAGCUGGAGCUACAUUUGUUCAUGUUAAGCGGCAUUCCUGACACGGUAUUUGACCUGAUGGAGCUGGAGGUUCUGAAACUUGAGCUCAUACCAGACGUAACCAUUCCACCGAUAAUCGCUCAGCUCAUCAAUCUGCGAGAGAUGUGGCUUUACCAUACGCCAGCCAAAAUCGAAGCGCCGGCGUUGGCUUUUUUGCGGGAGAAUUUGAAGUCGCUCCACAUCAAAUUCACAGAUAUCAAAGAGAUUCCUUUAUGGAUUUACAGUCUGAAGAAUCUGAGUGAACUUCAUCUCACCGGGAAUCUCAGCGCUGAGAACAACCGCUACAUUGUCAUUGACGGGCUGAGGGAGUUGAAACGACUCACGGUUCUUCGUCUUAAGAGCAAUCUCAACAAACUUCCCCAGGUGGUGACAGACGUGGGCAUGCACCUCCAAAAGCUGUCCGUCAAUAACGAAGGCACCAAGCUAAUGGUGCUCAACAGCCUGAAGAAAAUGGUCAAUCUGACCGAAUUGGAGCUGAUUCGUUGCGAUCUUGAGCGCAUCCCACACUCCAUCUUCAGUUUGCACAACUUGCAGGAGAUUGAUUUGAAGGACAACAACCUGAAGACCAUUGAGGAGAUCAUCAGUUUCCAGCACUUGCACAGGCUGGUCUGCCUUAAACUCUGGUAUAAUCAGAUUGCCUACAUUCCCAUUCAGAUCGGCACGCUCAUCAACUUGGAGAAACUGUACCUGAACAGAAACAAAAUUGAAAAGAUUCCCGGCCAAUUGUUUUAUUGCCGCAAGCUUCGCUUUCUGGACCUGAGCCAUAACAACUUAACCAUACUUCCAACCGACAUUGGCUCCCUGCAGAACCUUCAGUACCUUGCUGUGACUGCCAAUAGAAUCGAAAGCCUACCCAAUGAGCUUUUCCAGUGCAAGAAACUGCGUACUUUGAACCUGGGCAACAACUGCCUGCAGUCCCUACCGUCACGUUUCGGUGAGCUGACCGGACUGACGCAACUGGAGCUGCGAGGCAACCGUUUGGAGUGUCUGCCUGUGGAGCUGGCCGAGUGCAGGCAGCUGAAGAGAACUGGUCUCAUUGUAGAAGAAGACCUCUUCAACACUCUUCCCACAGAGGUCAAAGAACAAUUGUGGAGAACGGAUAAAGAGCAGAUCUAA